AUGCUGCGCUGCUCUACCACAAACCUCCUCGACUUCUCCGGUCUCCAGCCCUGUCCUGCUCAUGCGUGUGAUGGCCGCCGGUUCAACGAGAGCUGUCAUGGUCUGCUUGCCCUGCGGGGAGGAAGUCCGUCCCUGUCUACCAUCCCGCGCUCAUGGCCUCUGAAAGACAACUGGACGAAAACUUACGGGGGGAAGGUGUUGGAGGUAAACGGGACUCUUUGCUAUCACUUCAAGUACACGCCGAAGAUGGUGAAGCCAAAGGAGGAGGCGAUCGAGUACUUCAAGAGGAGGCUGAAGAACAGGAACGUGUUUCAAGCAACGAUCGAUGAGUGCAGGGACGACCCAAAGAAGCUGGAAAAGCUCCUGGACAAGAUCCUGUGGACGUAUGACGCGAUAAAGAGGCUCAAGUGGUUUGACUUUGACAUCGACCCUCCUGCUGUGAAGGGGGAGCAGAAAAAGGAGAAGCUGGAGAAGUUGAAGAAGAAGAAGAAUGAGCAAAACGAAAUCAGGAAGAGGGUCAUGCCGACUAUUGAGAACUUGGCGAGUGAAUGGUUUGACCUGCCGGCCAAGCAAGACAAGAAGAAGUCAAAGAAGGACAAGAAGGUCGAGGAAGGGAACAAGACUUUGGGUUCUACAGACACUGUUCAUGAGACUUCAGGUGGAAAGACGAGGAAAACAAGGGAAGCAAAGGAAUCCAGCCCGGUUGCCAUGUCUUCGGAGGAGGCAGACAGCAAGAAGUUGAAGAGGAUGGACGUGAAGGAGACAAACGACGAGGAUGAAGACGUAGAGGAACUCUGCGAGAAAGCUCGUCACUCGUUCGAAGACAUCCAGAACUUUACAGCAGCCGAGAUGUACUACCGGAGGAUACUAGAGAUCGCGCCGGACCAUGUUGAGACCCUCUGCAACUUCGCUCUGUUCCUGGAGAUGACGCAAGACGAGGAUAAUCCGGAAGAGAAGUAUGAGGAGGACAUCAGCACGGCCCACAUGAUGUACGACAAGGCUGCCUCGUUGGAGCCGGCCAACGUCGAUGUCCUGUAUCAAAAAAUCCUAAAGUUGGACCCAUCAGAGGCAACUACUCUCUGCAACUAUGGCCUUCUGUUACACUAUACGAAGAACGAUACAAAGGCGGCAAUGCAGAUCUAUGAGAGAGCUUUCCAGUUACAACCUGAAACGCUGAGCGAUGAAGAGAAGAUCUCGUUGUAUUAUAACAUGGCACAGCUGUAUGAGGCAAACCUCGCAACCCUGGAGGAGGGAAGGAGGAUGUAUGAGCGGGCCCUUGCGAUCUCUCCAACAGACUCGACCAUCUUGGGAAAACUUGGACUGCUGUUCCAUCAAAAGCUCAAGAACGACUCAGCGGCUGAGGAAUAUUAUCAAGCUGCAAGAUACGAUGAGGCUGAAGCUGUGUUGAAGAAGGCCAUCGAAAUCCAACCUGACGAAGCUGACAACUACUGCAACUACGGGCAGAAGAAGCGAGGGAAGAUACAGUCAGCAAGAUACUACUAUCACAUGGCAUUGAACUUAGACCCUGACCAUCUUCGGACUCUCUGCAACUACGGUACUCUACUAGGAAAGCACGUCAAGAACUACACUCUUGCCAAGGAGAUGGUUGUCUUGCUGCGGUGUAAGUGUGAGGAGAUACACAACGCUGUGAUCGUCGACGUCGGGGAAGAAGUUAAGGAGGCAAUCAACGAUGAGGAUGAAGAAGAUGAAGAAGAAGAUGAGGCACGAGACGCGGUCUAG